UUUCUCUCUCUCUCUUUUGCAAAAGGUCCCUGUUAUCGUCUGCUAGCUGCCAGCCCCUCAAUCACUUCAUCCCGGGCCUGCACCAUACCCACACCGCCGCGGCUCGCCACCUUUUGUCCCUUAUUUGGGAGCGAGAAAGCUGGCAACCCUCGGUUCCACACACAAACUGCUGGAGGGAUUCAGCAGGCCAGGCAGCAUCUAUGGAAAAGAGUACAGUCGACAUUUCGGGCCGAGAUCCUUCAGCAGGAACGGAAACAGGAAUUGGAAUUAAAUAUUCGACCUCCAGGAAGUUCCGAUUUUGGCAGGUGGAUGAAAGAUUUGUUUGUAAGAGUUGUGCAAAUCCAUCGGACUAGCCUGGUCUAAUAAACAUUGCACCUGAGGCCAGAGUCGGUUUACCCCACAGUACGGUGCACAGGAAGUGCUCUUUGCCCCGCAGUUCGCCUCAACACCGGUCCCUGCAGCGUUCCCACCAAUAAAGUCGUCGGGUUGGAAACUGGCGGCGAAUGUCCUCCCAUCGCGGCUGUUUGCAGGCGGUUCCGGGCUCGGCAAAAGCCGAGAUGAAAUGAGUGAUUUCUGGAAGGGUUGAGGAAGCUCCUGUUGAAAAAUGGACGGAUUGAAUAGAAGUGAAGGCCAGGAGUUGCGAGAAAGCCCAGAUGAAGAGUGUGGAUACAACCAGCUGCCAAAGGAAAUCUCGCAGGUGGAGCCCACUUCCGAGAACGAACCUGUCAGUGAGAAAGGGAGAUGUGACAGUCUGCCAAUGAGGGAUGCACAAGACUCGGAGUGUUCCAAGGAUCCAAAAGAGCUUCAAGUUGGGAUAGAGAAUGAAGUUUCCUCAGAACCUCUGAAUGGCAAAGAGAGAUCUGAUGAGAAGCCAUUGGUUGAUGAACAAGAUUCAGAAAGUUCUGAGAAUCCAAAGGAAAUUGAAGUUGACGAGGAUUAUGAAGAACCCACAAAUGAAAAAUGGAGACAAGGUGAGAUACCAACAAAUGUGCAAGACUCAAAUUGCUCCAAGGAUCCAAAAGAAAUAGACAUUGAAGAAGAGAAUAAAGAAGCCACUCCUGAAGACCACAGUGACAAGAAGCCAGUAAGAGAUGUGGAAAGUUCACAAUGUGAUAAGAAGCCAGACCUAACACAGGAUGAAAGAGCAAAUUCAGAAUCCUGGAAUGAAGAAUGGAAACGUGCCAAGAGUUCAAUCGAAAGCGGGCCAAAGUUACAUAUUACUGAAGAAGCCAACAAACAUCAACAUGAUAGAGAUCAAGAACAUUCAAGUUCCUCAGAAAAACCUGAGAAAUCUCACAAAGAACUGAGUCAAAGCUCAUCAAGAAAGGCUAGGUCCACUGAGGGCCAAAGCACUGACCAGCUCAGGAUACCGACAAUCAAUAGUUCUUCCAUAACAAAUGAAACUGACAAGAUAGUAACACCACGUCCUUCGAUAAGAAGUGCGAGGAAAAGAAAUGCUGAUUAUGGACCUGGUUCAGAAUCUUCAGAACCUCAAAAGAAGUCUCCUAAAGAUGGAGCUGCUACAGAGAUGUAUCUCCAUAUCAGCAUGGAACAACAUCCUCCCACUAUUCCUGAAGGUCUGGAAUCACAAGAACCGGAGAAGAUGGACUGUUUAGAUGAUGUUGGCUUUGAUACAGUGCCCACUGCAGAUGGGAACCAGGCUGAAGAUGACAAAGAACUUGUAGCAUCACUUGAGAGUCCUGCAGACGAAGAAUUUGAGAUGGAGUUUGACAGAGUACAAGACUUUUCAGGGCCAACAAUGUUUUCUGAUGCUGAUUGCCAUCACUUGAACAAAAGAGAGUCACAAGAUUAUGUUGAUGCAAAACAAAGUUCACAGUUUAGUGGACUAAAUACUUAUGUUGAUGCUCUCCCACACUCAAGCAAAAGGGAGUCCUGGGGUUUCACUGAUACAAAGCAUAGUUCACAGCUAACUAGGCCAAAUGCUUCUGUUGGUGCCCACCAGCGCACAAGAUACAGGGAGCACUGGAGUUUCACUGAUACUAAACAAAGUUCACAGUUUAUCAGGCCGAAUGCUGCAGUGGUUGCUCAUCAACACUUCAGUUACAGGAAGCCCCAGAUUUACACUGACAGAAAACAAAGUUCACAGUUUAUUGGACCAGAUGUUUCAGGAUCCAGGUUCCUUUUCUGGAAGUUUGCUGUUAUGCUAAUUGUACUGAUUGUAAUUUUGAGCACCUUUGCAUACUGGCACUGGACAUCUGAACAUACUGCUCACCAGCUGAUAAAAGAGAGAGAGGUUUGCUUCCUCAAGAAUUGGAACAAGAUACAGAACAGGUUCCCAAAUCAACGUGAGGAACUAUGGAUACGCAGUAAGAUUUUAUUGAAGAAUCAUGCAGCCAAAGCAACACCCACUUCGCCUGCUGUACUAAUGUUUGCUGCUGCUCAGGAUGCACAGAAAACCUUGCAUUGUCUUGCACGUGAGAUUGUGGGAGCCUAUGCCUCAACCUUCAAUUCUGGUGUGGUAGAAAUUGAUGGAUCUUUAAAGAAGUUCCUCAACAGUGAUGAAAUGAAGUUGGACAUGGACAACCAGUUAAUGUCUGAGUUUAAUAAAGGAAAAAAGGCAGCAGUUAUUUAUCACUUUCAGGAUCUGCCACUAGGUUCUUCCCUUCUGUUCUACAAAUACUGUGACCAUGAAAAUGCAGCAUUCAAGGACAUCUCCAUGUUGAUCACAGUGACAUUGGACAAUUCAACACUGGAACCAGAUUUGUCUCUUAAAACCAUAGAAGAAAUGGUGCACAACUUCCUCAAGAUGAAAUAUUGCUCUGGCACCCAGGCUGCACACCAAGAGACAGUUAAGGACAAACUGAGUGGCCUCUGGAGCCGCAUUGCCCAUGUGGUGCUCCCAGUUAGACCUGAAAAUGAAAUUGAAGCUAAGGACUGUCCAGAGAUGUAAAGAAAUGCAUUUUUAGCAUUACAUUGCUAAAAAUGUCUGGUUAGGUCAAUUGUGGAGAAUAUUUUAUAAAUAUUAUCAUAGAUAGAAUCUGGAUCUUGUAUUUUCUAGGGUUGGUGGGAAAAACAAUAUAUUUUGAAGCUCUGCUUAUAAGAAUUUAUUAUUAUUACUACUGGUUUUUCUGUGUCCUCUUUAGCAUAUUGUUGUCACCUCUAACCCGAACUUGCACAGCCAAUUUAUAUGAAAGAUGUAAUGGUGGCCAUUGCACAACGCUAUAUGUUAUGCUGUGUGCUGCAUAAAAGGAGAAUGGAUGGAUGGAUGGAUGGAUUUCUGGAGCUUUAAUUACUCUCACUGUUUGCUCCAAUAAUCCCACCUCCUGCUAUUGAAUCAUUAAAGUGUCUAUUGUUACUGGUGGGAAAGACAGUUUUCAUUCAAAGAUGCAUUUUCUUCAGAGCUUCAACAUCUUUUUAAUGAAUAAACAAAUGUACAAAUGUUUCGAAAAUACUUUUAAAACCGUUUAGCUUUGUUUCUGUUUCAUUCUAAGUGGUUAAUAAUUCACCAGAGAUCAGUUAUUAAUCCAAACUAUGUGCAUAGCACCACUAAUGUCCAUACAGUAGUGAGAAUAAUCUGGGAGUGGAAGGUUGAGUUAAUCAGCACCAUAUCAUACAUAGUAGUACCCUGGACAAGAUUGAAAAGCAAACCUAUUUGUGUAACCCCUUGACUGUAGUAAUCCAAUGUUCCACGGUAAAAUUGGAGAGAAGAUACCAGAAGAUGCUUGUACACAGAUAAAUAUUUGUGGGUUUGCUGGACUCAAGUCUAAUUAUAAAUCCAAUCAUUCCUGGUGCUACCUUGCAUACUUUAAUAUUGUCAUUGAUAACCCAUUCCAUCAAAAACAGCAUCUACAUUUUCUAAGCAAGCUGUUGAUGCUUUUAUUCUGAAAUCUAUAACUGCUUUGAGUUGGGAUUGUAUAUAUUUUUAUAAAGCUAUUUUAUGUAGUUGUUACCCUGAGGAAGGACCAAGAUUUUCAUCAAGUUGCAUUUGAUUAGAGUUCAUAAUAAAAGCUUGUAGGAAACUUAUGAUUGACAUUUUGUUCCUCUUUUGAAAAUAAGUUUGAUGAAAACACUACUUUAUUCCAAUAUUUCUAGUGGAAAUUUAAGAUCAUAUAGUGCCCUUGAUUGAAGGCUGGGAAAUGAAAGGAGGCUGUAGCAGCAUGGAGGUAAAAUUGGCUAAGCAGCAAGAAACAGUGAAUUGUUGUAUAUUAGAUGAUGGAGAAUUUGUACAGUGCAAUUUUCUGCUCUCGUUCUCUCUUUCCAUCUAUUUAUCUAUAUGUAUCUAUCUCCAACAGGACUUGUGGAUUAGCAAAUUUCUGCACAACUGUAUAUUAUCUGAAUAAUGCUAAACAAAUUUUAGUUUGUUUUCUUUUUGAGCUGUUGCACAGU